AUGGCUCACCUCGAAGCUCGGAAGCACGUCUCACCUGACUCGGGGUUUCCCAUCACGCUCCACCCCAGCUUCAACCCCAAGAUCAAGCAACACUCGCCCCCGGAGCCGCCUCGCAUCGAGAUCGUCCCCGAGAAAGACCGAGCGUUGUUCGCAGACCCCAAGAAGAAGGCACUACUUGCAGUAGCCAAGCGCGUCGAUCUGACCGAGUCUGUCGGGACUGUCCUCGAAGAUGUGCAGCUGUCGCAGCUCAACGGAGCCCAGCUGGACGAGCUGGCCCUACUCGUCACCGAGCGCGGCGUCGUCUUCUUCCGCGACCAGGACCUAACGACCGAGGGCCAGGUCGAGCUGUUCGGGCACUACGGCAUCUUGGACCGGCACCCAGCGCAGAAGGACACGCAGCACGUCGUCAUCCGCGGCAGCCGCGAGGACCACCGCGAGCUGCUCAAGUACACGCCCUGGCCGUCUGGCGACUUCCACGCCGACACGUCCUUCGAGAUCAACCCACCGUCGUACUCGAUGCUGCGCAUGGAAGAGCACCCAGCCGUCGGCGGCGACACGGCCUGGGUGUCGACCUACGGCCUCUAUGACGCUCUAAGUGACGCCAUGAAGAAGUUUGUGGAUGGCCUGCACGCGGUGCACACGUCGCGUCUGCAGUACGACACGAUUCUCGAUCUCUGGGGCACUGGCCCCAACCGCGCGCCCGUCGACUCGCACCACCCGGCCGUGAGAAGCCAUCCGGUGACGGGGCUCAAGGCGCUCAACGUCAACCCGGGCUUCGUGACGGGCUUCGCCGAGCUCAAAAAGUACGAGUCGGACAAGCUGCUCGACUUUUUCGCCUACCAUAUCCAUUCAGCCGACGACCACGCCGUGCGCUGGAAGUGGUCCGUCGGCGGUGUCGCCAUGUGGGACAACAGAUGCACGAACCACCGCGUGAUUCCCGGGACGUAUGAGGCGCCGCGGAGGGGCAUCAGGACGACCGUCUUUGGAGAGAAGCCGUAUUUUGAUCCCACCAGCGAGGGCCGCGCUGAGCGUCAGAAGAGGCUCAAAGAAAAAGAGGUAAAGGGCAAGGAUGCCGUCGAAGUGGUUAAGCUGGGCGGCCCCAACAGCUUUACGCCUGCUUGAGUCUGCUUGGCGGGAUACAGGAACUGCGGCUAUACCUUUAUUGACAAGUUGGAAAGAUCGUAACUCGCGGUCUUAUUAUUUGGGAAGGGGAUGUAUCUGUGCAACAGCGAGGAUAAGCCCGCAGAGCUCAGUGGUAGAGCGCGUCACUAGU